GCACCCUCUGGCAGGAGUACAGUGCGCACGACGUGACGUCACGCCCUGGCCGUCGCGGUCGUCUGCGUCGUCUGCUCGAAGUAAACAAGGCAGUGUCACCAUCGUCACCAUGGAGGUCGGCCAGGGGCAAGGGGGGCCUGGCUCCCAGACCAUCACGCUUAUGAAGAUCGGCCAUUACCAGAUCGGGAAUACUCUGGGCUCAGGAACCUUCGGAAAAGUGAAGUAUGGAGAACACAUUCUCACUGGAACAAAAGUUGCGAUUAAGAUUCUCAACCGCAAAACCAUCAAGAAUCUGGACAUGGUCAGCAAGAUUAAAAGGGAGAUUACCAACCUUAAACUCUUCCGUCAUCCCCACAUCAUCAAGCUCUACCAGGUAAUCAGUACACCAACUGAUAUCUUUAUGGUGAUGGAAUAUGCUUCAGGAGGAGAAUUGUUUGAUUACAUCAAGCAAAAGGGUAAACUGAAAGAAUCAGAGGCCCGUAGAUUCUUCCAGCAGAUUAUAUCUGGUGUUGACUAUUGCCAUCGCCACAAUGUUGUGCACAGGGAUCUCAAGCCAGAGAAUCUUCUCCUCGACCAUAACCUCCAUGUGAAAAUUGCCGACUUUGGUUUGUCUAACAUUAUGGUUGAUGGAGAAUUUUUGCGCACCAGCUGUGGAUCCCCAAAUUAUGCUGCACCUGAAGUUAUAUCUGGAAAACUGUAUGCAGGUCCAGAGGUGGAUGUAUGGUCCUGUGGCAUCAUCCUGUAUGCUCUCCUCUGUGGUACACUACCAUUUGACGAUGAGCAUGUGCCAACACUCUUCAAAAAGAUCAAAACUGGUGUAUUCCAGAUCCCAGAUUAUUUGAAUCAGAGUGUUGUUCGCUGUUUGUUGCACAUGCUUGUUGUUGAUCCUAUGAAGCGUGCUACAAUUGAUGAUAUCAAGAAGCAUGAAUGGUUCCAAAAGGAUCUCCCAGCUUAUCUGUUCCCACCUCCUCAUGACCAUGAUAGUUCUGUUGUUGAUCAGGAUGCCAUAACUGAAGUCUGUGAUAAAUUCCAAGUUAGUGCAAGUGAGGUACAAAAUGCUCUUCUCUCUGAGGACCAGCACAACCAACUAAAGAUUGCCUACAAUCUGAUUGUAGAUAACAAGCGCUUUGCUGAUGCUAAUGCCUUGUACAGCUCCAUAGUUAGCCAGAACAAUCCACCCAUCUUUACUAGCACAUCUUCAAGCAAGAGGGUGAGUGACUGCGGAAGUGUCAAAGCAGUUUCAGCAGAGGAAGGUAAACAAAGUAUCUCAGCUUUCUACACAACUGGGUCACCUCCCCCGGCUCCGCCUACUCCAUCAUUUAGUCCUUCAGAUAGUAGUUCAGUUCCCUUCAGGCCACACCCAGAGAGAAUAGCACCUCAUCUUGGUGUUGGCAAGAUCCAUGCUGAAAUGCUAGCAUCUUUGCGUGAAAGAGCACUUAGUGGUGACCGUGGGCUACCCAAAGGAACGCCAGUUAAACGUGCUAAAUGGCAUCUAGGUAUUCGAUCACAGAGCAAACCACUGGAUAUUAUGAGUGAAGUCUACAAGGCUAUGAAGGUUCUUGGAUUUGUAAGUAUUGCUACACCUGCAACUUGCAACAUUUGAAAUUGAUUUGUAAGUCAACUAGGGUUUUGUGUUUAACCCAAUG